UGUGUAUUGGAAGGUGGUCCUGAAAUUGCUCCAAAGCUCUAACAGCAUUGCAUGCUCAGAUCCACAAGCUAAAAAUGGCUUGAGGGCUUGCAGUUUUUAUCGGCAUACAUAAGCAAAUAAAAUUGAUCCCCUGCACGAGUGCAUCAGAAAACUUAGCUAGUAAUUAAUAAAUCGUUAGUCUGUAUCAUUUUAAUUAGCUGUUGAUUCAUUCAUUCAUGUCUGGUUGGUGGGCGCCUCUCCUCGUCGUCGUCCUGGUGCUGCUCGCCUCGGCGGCGAGCAAUGUUGCCGCCCCCGGCGAGGCAAGGGUGCACCACAACCACGGCAAGUUCAUGGAGGGCCCGUGGCGGCCAGCGCACGCCACCUUCUAUGGCGACCACGAUGGGACCGGAACGCGGGCCGGCGCGUGCGGGUACAAGGACACGGUGGCGGAAGGGUACGGCCUGCAGACGGUGGCGUUGAGCACGGCCAUGUUCAACGGCGGCGCAACGUGCGGGGCGUGCUAUGAGGUGAGGUGCACGGAGAGCCCUAAGUGGUGCAAGCCCGGGGCGCCGCCGUUGGUGGUGACGGCGACGAACCUGUGCCCCCCAAACUACCAGCAGUCGGGCGACAACGGCGGGUGGUGCAACCCGCCGCGCGAGCACUUUGACCUCACCAUGCCCGCAUUCCUCCAGAUCGCCGAGGAGAAGGCCGGCAUUGUGCCCAUCUCCUACCGCCGGGUGAGCUGUUUGAAGCAGGGCGGGAUCCGGUACACCAUCACGGGGAACAAGUACUUCAACAUGGUGACGGUGACAAACGUGGGCGGGGCGGGGGACGUGGUAGCGGUGACGGUCAAGGGGGACGACCGAGUCAAGUGGACCCCGUUGACGCGGAACUGGGGCCAGGUGUGGCAGACCGGGGAGAUCCUCGUCGGCGAGUCACUCACGUUCCGCGUGAUGACCAGCGACCACCGCAAGGCCACCUCCUGGCACGUGCUCCCCCGCGACUGGCAGUUCGGCGUCACCUACCGGGCAACCAAGAACUUCCACUAGCUAACCCUAACCCUACUAUACCCCUUCUUCUGCCGUCGCCGGCCAUUGACAACCAUUUACCGAGACCGUGUGUAAAUUUGAUGAUGCUUUCAUUCUCCACUGCAUGUGGUCGAUAUGAUCGAUCGAAUCAUGUUGCAAA